GGAGUUGGUUCGGAUUCCCUUUCGUGGAUUCGUUUAGGGAGGCAGUCUCUGUGUUGGUCCCCUUUGCCUUCUUCUUCUUCUUCUUCUUCUUCUUCUUCAUUUCUUCAUUGCCUCUCCUUUUCCUGUAAGUUUGAGCUUUGCGAAUUCGAUUAUUGUUCCAUUGUCUUCUCGUUUCUGGGUUUCGGUCUGGGCUUUCUCUGGAGCUUUUUGGUGGAUAGUUGAAGGGUCAAAAUCUGUAAUCAUCCAGGUUUCUGAUUAGUCGCGUUAGGAGAAUGAAAUGUCAUAUUGGUUAACAUUCAUUGCAGGCUUAUAUCUGUCCAACUAUAUCCUUGAUUGAUUUGAAGGUUUCCAGUUUAUAAUUUUCUACAAUUGAUGAGUUUCUUCUGUUAGCUUGGAAGUUUUCACUUCAACAUGAACAACCCUUUCCCUGAAGAUAGCGAUCAGACCACCGUAGUGGGUUUUGAAGUUCCAAAAUCACCCGAUUCAACCUAUAACAAUGUAUACCUUGGAAGCGAAGACGACGCACGCGAUCCACCACCCGUCCCGCCUCAUUUGCAGCACACCUUACUCAGCCACCCAGCGAGCCGAGAUGCUGGUGGAACUCUUCCUUUGCCACAGAAUGUGGUUCUCAACCAUCUUUUUAUCGAAAACCGGGAGACUCCACGCUCCGUUGUGGCUCUUGGAUUCACUCAUCGUUUUCAUUCAAAAUAUGUCACGGUUGUGCUUUACAAACCGGUUCAUAGAAGAGGAAGUAGCGUGCCUUAGUUAUGCAUAUACAUCGAAAUCAUUCAAUAGAACUAGUCCAUCGGUACAAAUUGUUUAUGAAGUUAGAGCAGAAGCAUUUAACUUCUUCACCAAGUAAAUGAUUGUUGAUGGGUAGAUAUUGUUCUUGCAUUUUUUGAACUGUUAAAAGAUGCAAAUACUUCUUAUCUUCUUAGCUCGUAGUUUAGACUUU